CGAACUGCAAAAGGUGUAACUUUUGGACUUAGAAAAUUUUUAAAGAAUCUGCGGAAUUAUUUCACCCGCUGUCAAAUCGGGACUUAGUGUUUUUUAGAAGCUGGCGGUCAGUACUGCCGGAACACUUGGCCAAUCUGGUCCCGGUAGCGGCGGUUUCCCCACGCUCAGCAACCCACCCAAAUCGGCGGUGUCCCGCCCCAGCUCGGCAGGGUCUCUGCUGAACAAAUCGCGGAAAGACUUUUUCGAGCACAAAAUCACACUUCCGGCUGGCGGCGGAUCUACCACGAACAUUGUGCGCAUCGACGGUCGGUAGCAUAGCAAGUGGAGUGCCGUCGUCAAACGGCUCGAGCGCAACUCCAAUGACGAAGAGGAGGAGGAUGGAGAAUUUGACGAUGCCGGAAACGGAAGGAAACCGUCGAAGAAUAUGGCCUCGAAGGUCACGCCCAAGAAUAUCGAGGCGCUUGGGAAGAAGAGUGACAGUUUCGGCGGCGGCGGUGGUUCAAUCUUUUCGCGGCUGGGCGAGAAGAGCAACCGAAAAGAGAAAGCAGAGUGACGAAGCGCCCGCCGGGAUACUGAUAAAGUCCCCGAUAACAACAAUCCACCCGCCAACUCCCUCCCAAAUCCAGAAUGUCAUUCCGGUGAAGAAGAUCCCUGCCAAGGAGGUCACGGCAGGUGACGAACAGUUGCUCUUCUCGCGACGGCGCAGCUUUGACCGCAUGAACUCGGACGGUAAGGCGGCCAAAUCCGUAUCCUUCUCGAAGGAGGACGAAGUGCUCGAAAUCGAAUCCUGUCCCAAGGAUUCAUUAGCUCCCAGGCCCGGAUGCGCUUCCAGGAUCGGGAACUCCCGGUACGGGCACGUCUAGGUGGCGGUGGCGCUCUUAUCCAAGCCGGGAAACGUCGACCGCACUUCCCAAAAUAAACAGCCAACGGCGGUGUUGAACUCCGGGUCCUCAUCAGGAACAACUGAUGGCUUCCUCUUGCUCCCCCCAACCUGUUGUGGCAACUAAUAUGCUUCAACAAUCAACUCGGAACAUCCGUCAGGACCUGUGGAUCCGGAUGGGCAUUGCCAAGAGGCCACGGCCACUCCCUGCAACAAAAAUUACGCCAUGACCUGGGAGCAGAGUGU